UACACCAGAUCUAAACAAUGUUAUUGAUUUUGAUUGCUGUAGCAAUGAGGUUACGGUUACAGAACAACGGAUAUUACAAAAUAGUAUGCGUUUCGAACAACAUUCAAAUAUCUCCAUCCAAAACAAUAUUCUGAUGGUUGCUGGGCUAAAACCGCUAAAUGAUUGGCGUUCUUAUACUCUUGAUAAUCAUCCGGGGUUAUUGUUAAUACGAAACCCGUUUACAGAACGAGGUCAGCGUUAUUGGAUUGCUCGCUGUCUGCGAGACUAUCCGAGAACACCAAACAAGGUUAAUUUAAAUGAAAGACUGUUCCCGGAUUCAGCUAGAUCUGACUGGUGGAAAGAGCUUCAUCAAUGUGCCAAUAUCAUUGAGAUGCAACGACUAAAAUUUGCGAUGCGUUGGACAACAUUUGGUUAUCAUCAUAAUUGGGACACCAAGAUUUACGACGAGUCUAUGCGUUCACCAUUUCCAACUGAUCUGAAAAGCAUGUGUAUUUUUUUUUCAUCUAUUUUGGGCUUCAAUAAUUUUAAGCCCGAAGCUGCUAUUGUCAAUUACUACCCAAUUGGCACAAGUUUAUCUGGUCACACAGAUCAUUCUGAACCUAAUCAUUCUGCUCCACUGUUUUCUUUUAGCUUUGGUCAGACAGCAAUAUUUCUCAUCGGUGGAAAAACUAACGAUGAAAUACCAACCGCAUUGUACAUCCACAGUGGUGACGUUUUAAUAAUGUCAGACAAAUCCCGUCUUUGCCAUCAUGCAGUGCCACGUAUUAUCAAAACAAAGGUAUCUUGGACUUCGGAACUGCCAAUUGAAAACAUCGAAACUGAAAUAAUCGGAAAAAACUUAUUGGAUAAUAUCUUGUAUCAGAAAGUGGGCGACUGGAAUUUCUGGAAACCGUUUUCUCGUUAUCUAGAUGAUUCACGAAUUAAUAUUAAUGUACGACAAGUGCUCAAACCAGGCGAUAGUACCCUGUCACAAAAUUAUACUACCUUGUAAUAUAAAUUGAAUAUAAUAAACUUAAACGCUUGCAUAUGCUUCUUACUAUAUCUUAGCAACGCAAACAAGCAAUCAUCUCAGACCACAAAAUGCACAUGACCAACAUCUGUCAAUAAUAAUUGUUGUUAGCUGGGCAUUUCCCACGAGAAUUUGUUUAGAAUUAAACAAUUUACUUUAUUCUCGACGAUUUCGACACGAUUCUAGCCGUGUUUAUGGCUAAAGGUCAAAACAUAUAUGUAUAUGUAUUAGAGUGUCCCUUAUUUUUCAAAAGUAAAAUUUGAGGACGCAUACCGUCUAUUUUUUUUUACUUUUGUAUCCAAAUAGGUAAAAAAAUUGUUUUGGCUUUUUUAAAUUUCAUUAAACCGUGCCGAAUCGUGUUAGACGUUGUGAUUUUAACCACGUAUACAUUUUACAUUUA